AUGAAUCAGGCCUGGGGGCCCACAGAGGAAGGCGGCCCACUCCUUAUCCUGGUGCUGGCGGCCUCCUCCGCCCAACCCCCAGAAGGUAUUGUUGCCCUAGGCGAGGCUGCUGGGUUUAAAGAGCUGGAACCCACUAAGCUGAACACAGCCCCAGCGGCCUCCUCAGACCUGUUCUGCGCACCCUGCCCUCAGGUGAGCUCAGGAGAACUGGCUCUCAGCUGUGACAUGGAGGGAGUGACCUGGGGCCUUCUCCUUGUGCUGGCAGGCCUGCCUGCCUUGGAAGCCAACGACCUGAUUGACUGGGAGGCCCUGCAGCUGGGCGGGAUGAUCUGCGCUGCGCUCCUGUGCAUCGCUGGAAUCUUGUUCGCCCUGAGUGGCAAGUGCAAAUGCAAGCACAAUCGCAAGCACAGCCCCUUAUCUGAGAAAGCUGUUCCAUUCAUCACUCCAGGCUCUGCCAGUACCUGCUGAGCCCAGGACCAGCUUCGUGGGACCACCAGGGCCAGCUCCCAUGCUGCUCCCUCCCCACUUGGGGGCCUUAGGCUGCUUCUAAUCAGGAGGCUACUCAAAGCUUAUUUCCAAAUUAAACUGGUCUCACUCCU